GCCAUGGUGAACACCGACGGUGAAGGUGCCGAUGCCGUGGGCGGAGACCCGAUGUGCGUCGAUGAGAGUGCCGCAGUCGUUGCCGGGAUGGGGGCAGACCAGUGUGAAGGAGCCAGGUUGCAGGACAGCGGUGCUGCUGUCAGUAUUGAAGGGGCCAGGGAAGGAGAGGUGCCAGUUUCUCACCCCGGCGGUGGAAUGAGGGUGCGAGGAGCGACAGUUGAGGAAGCCGAGAACGAGGAGGCCCCCACGGUGCAGGGCAGUAAGGAAGGGGCCGAGGAGCUGCUCCUGAAGGUGGUGUACAGCGAGGAGGAGGCGUACAAGCUGUACUGCGACUACGGGCACCGCACAGGGUUCAGCGUCCGCAAGGGCAAGCAGUCCUACUUCACCGGCACCAAGAGGAUCAGGACCAAGGACUACUUCUGCUCCAAGGAGGGCCUCAAGGAAGCAGAGAAGCUUACUGACGAGAACUUCAAUGACCCGCACACCAGGACGAAUUGCAGGGCCAUGGUUCGCUUCAGAGCGAACAGCCAGGGCGAGUGGAGGGUAAUCCGACUCGUGUCUGAUCACAACCACAACUUGGUAAGACCUGAAGAGCGGCACCUUCUGCGGUCUGCCAAGUCACUUAUUGCUGGGAGGUCAUGUUCUGCUGCGGAUGCAGUGUUGUAUGGUGGGUACCAGUUAGGGGGUGCACCUUCCCAAAUGGCUGCAAGCACAAGCGUAGCCAACAAUGCAGAGACUCAGAGGCAAGAUUUGCUCCCCGGUUUUAGCGGCAUAACAAGGACAUCGGCCGUAGGAACCGGAGAGUUGCAAAGCAUUGUGAGCCAUCUAAAGAGCAGAGCAAAUGUAGAUGGAAUGUUUUACUGGGAUGUCCAUUUAGACCGAGCUGGUCGGAUGAGUAAUUUCUUUUGGCGAGAUGGUAGGAGCAGGAUGGACUAUGACUGUUUCGGUGACGUGGUUGUCUUUGACUCAACUUACCGCUUAAACAAACAGAAUUAUAUAGUUGCACCUUUUGUUGGUGUGAACCACCAUUGGCAGACCACUAUGUAUGGCUGUGCACUAUUGGCGGAUGAUUCGAUGGCAUCUUUCACGUGGCUGUUCAAGUCUUUCUUGGAGGCAAUGGGAAACCGGCAACCACGAUCUAUUUUCACCAACCAAGACCAAGUUAUGUCAAAUGCAAUUGAGGAAGUGUUUCCAAAUACAUGCCAUCGCAUUGCCCACUGGCACAUUCAAAAGAAUGCCGCUUCUCGCCUUGGUGCACUUAAUGCUUCCAAAGCAUUUAAUAAGAUGUUCACCAAGUGUAUGCAGGGAUGCGACUCAGAAGCAGAAUUCGAGGGAACAUGGGCUGCGAUGCUCCGUGAAUUUAAGUUGCAGGAUAAUAAGUGGCUGAGCAAACUUUAUAAGCUCAAGCAGAAGUGGUGUGGUGCUCUGAACAAGUGCACUUUUGAUGGUGGGGUCGAGAACGAGCCGCAAUGUGACAGUUUGAGUAACAUAUUCACUUGCAUUGUCGAUAAAUCGACUUCUCUUUCCACAAUGGUUGCUGCUGUGGAUAAGCUGACUGAGGAUUGGCGUGAAAAAGAGUUUGAUGAGGAUGUGCGGUGUUGUCAAAGGCCACUUUCUUGUAUUAUAAAGCACAGUGAUAUUUUGAAUCAUGCAGCAAAAGUUUAUACACACAGAAUCUACAAGCUAUUCGAGACAUAUUUUCUUGACGGGUGUGGGGCCACAAAAUUCAAGGCGCUUCCGUGUGAAGACAGUGACACAUACCGGUUUGAGAUGACUAUGCAGGGUAGAGGGUCAAGAGUCUGCACAGUUCAUCUGAAUAUGUCGACAAUGCAACUCACUUGCAGCUGUAGUCAGUUUGAGACAAUGGGUUUACUUUGUCCACAUACUCUGAAAGCUCUUAGUAUCAAGAAUGUGGGCAAAAUUCCAGAAAUAUAUAUACUGAAGCGGUGGACCAGAGAUGCUAAGCAGUGGGUUUUCAACCCAAAGCAGUAUGAAUCAUCAUUUCAGGAAUGCAUGGAUGAUGAAGCUGGAUACUGCAAUCAUGCUAUGAGGUAUGCUUAUGACCUUGUGAUGAAGAGUGAAGGGCAGGAGGAAUUGAGAAGAUCUCUUUGGCAGGCUCUCGAGAGUGGAGAAAAAGAAUUGGAGAAGUACCUAGAAAAUGCUACACAGUAUCCACAAUCUUAUGCCACUUGAAAGAAGCAUCGAUAAAGUUUCUUGGUGUUACUACUGAGGAACCAAAGAUAUACAUAUGAGUAACUGGGUUUGCUACAACAUGUGUGCAUAUCUUCAUUUAUACUGACUCAAACUGUAAUCUAAAAAUGGAAAUGGAAACCUGUGAAACGAGAUAAAGUUUGAGUAAGUCAUAAUUCUUUGCUUUUGAUCGUUAGUACUCUGAUUCCAUGUGCUUUACUGGAUACUGCUAUCUUUGGUUCCACAUUAUUUGUCAAUUAGCAUGAGUCCAUGAUGAAGUUUCACCAGUGCUAUUUUUAAGUUUGUGUGGGUGGCAGUGUAUUGGGGUCAACCGGCCAGUUUGAACCAUGCAUGCUGUUAAGCUUCAUGCACUAGCAAACACAACCAAAAGUCUGAACUUAUGGAAAGGGCUAGGCAAUCCACAUAUACACUUCAACACAUGCCAUCUUGAUGCAAGUGUAGGAUUAAUAUGGGUGAAUAUAGGUCAGCCAAGUUGGGGUCAGCUGACAUUUCUAAAAAUCACAUAUUAAUAAUUCAGAACCAUGCAACAAAAAAAAAGGUCAUGGGUUAUUCUUGACCGUUGUUUUCGGUGGAUGUUGGUUGUUCAAUAGCUGGUUUCUAACUGAGACAUGGGCAUAUGACAUUGCACCCAAUACAUCAGCAUUUGUCUAAUUUUAAUGUGUGAACUCAUGAGAGUAAGACUGUAUGCGGUUGCUUUCUUACAUCCAUAUGUUGUUUCCAAAAAUUCCUUCUGCUUAAUAGGAAAGCAUCAGAGUUUGUUUCUUGAGCAUGAGGCACUAUUCCAAAGUUAUUUUUGGCUUGUACACACUAUUUCUGGUAUGGUCUUUGUUUGCUAUAUAUAUUCACUGUAAAUAUCUGUUGCCUGUAGUUCAAGUCUGCCAGGACACAAGUAGCUCGGUCACUUGUUCGCUCUGUUGUACUCACCUGUUUUUACAUAGUUUGAAGCAUCUAUUUAUUGCCAACCCUUACAGAAACUCGUAAGACAUUCCUAACCUGGGAGAAGCUGGAGCAUAUGGCAUGCGCAACUUGACUUGUUGCAACACUAUCUGAUCCGUUAAAAUCUUACCCUUUUGGUGAAGGAAUCGUGGCAUUCUUGCGGAGAUGGAGCAGUUCUGGGAGAUGAGGUUCGAGCAGGGCCCCUCCCGAGCCGAAGGAAAUGACGAGCACACUGACUGUGCCACCGUGCUGCCAUGGGGACUGAACUGAAUGAUCCGAAACCGUCUUGAGCUUCCCAAACAUGUUCUUGCUAGUGACAUGAAUCAAUGCUGUACACAUGUGGGUUUGGCUGGGAAGAGCCAGUGUGGCACUCUCCUGCAGACGCGGUGACGAAGUUAUGUCAAAAGCAAUUGAGGAAUUGUUUCCCAGUACAUGCCGUCACUGGAACAUUCAAAAGAAUUUCACAUCUCGCCUUGGUGCACUUGCUGGGGGUUCGAAAGCAUUUAAUAAGAUGUUCACCAAGUGUAUGCAGGGAUGCGACUCUGAAGUAGAAUUCAAGGAAACAUGGUCUAGUAAUAAGUUGCUGAAGCGGUGGACCAGAGACAAGCUCUUGGUAUUAAGAAUGUGUUGAGAAUUCCAGAAAUAUAUAUGCUGAGGCGGUGGAGCAGAGAUGCUAAGCAGUGACUUUUCUUUCAGUCCAAAGCAAUAUGAAUCGUCAUAUAAGGAAUGUAUGGAUGAUGAAGCUGCAUACCGCAACCAUGGUAUGAGGUACGCUUAUGGCCUUGUGAUGAAGAGCCGAGGGCAGGAGGGAUUGAGAAGAUCUCUUUGGGAGAGACUCAAGGGUGGAAUUAUUUUUGGGGAGAAAUACCUCGAAAAAUGUUACCCAGCAUGCACAUUCUUAUGCCACUUGAAAGAAGCAUCAUUUAAGCCUUUUGGUGUUACCACUCAGGAAGGAAGGUAUAGAUGGGUAACUGGGUUCGGCAUAACACGUGUGUACAAAUCUUCUUUUAUGCUGGCUGAAACUGUAAUAAUCUAGUAAUGGAAAUAAAAAGCUGUGAAAAAAGUGACAAGUUUGAGCAAGUCAUUACUGUUUACUCUUGAUUGUUAUUGUGAUCCCA